AUGCCUGGCCCUGGUCCCGUCGGCUCGAGCGAGAAGAAGGCCGAAAAGUCGUACCUGGCGUCUGCCGUCGAGUCCAUCAAUCCGUGGGCUGGUAGUCGCAGCUCGACGCCUUCAUCGUCCAAAGACCCCCAGGCGACGGCGGCGGCCGUCUCGCAGACUGUCGACCAUGCGACCAACCCCUUCUACGGGUUGAGCGCGCGCCGUUAUCCCCCUGAUUGCCCCCCUCUUAAGGUCCAAUGGUUCCAUGCUGUUGAUGUCCCCAAGCGGAAGCCCAAGUUCCUGCUCCCCCGCGAUGGCGAGACAAAAGUGGUCCAGCCAAAAAAGUUUGACGCCUUUUCGCCCGAAGACUCUCGCGCCAUUGAGGCAGCAUACCAGCGCAAGCUACAAGAGCUGGAGGACGAAAGAGACCAGAACAACAGUAACGCCGUUGCGCGCGCCGGAUCUAAGCGACCUCGCGCUCUCUCAUCCGUCGACUCUGAUUCACAGGAGAAUGCGACCAAGGUUCCCGUGAAAGAGGACUUCUUGUUCGAUGUCAACAUCGAAGCCCGCGAGCUCACCCCCGUCUACUGGGAAGGCCCCGUCUACGAGGUCCGUCGCGGCAGCUGGUUCUUCCAAGAAGGCUCCAAUCUCCGGCCAUGCGACGAGAAUCUGGCCGCGCAGCUCGAAGAGGGCUACCUCAAGGUCAAGCCGUGGCUGUUGCCCCCACGGACGCGCAGCGCCUCUGGGUCCAAGACAGUAACGCCGAAGCCUUCGAACGGCAACCUCAAGGCGACUGCCGAGACUCAGGAAGAAGCUGCCAAGAAGGGCACGCCCCCUCCUGCGCAACCGCUCCCGAGCCUCCGGCUCUUUGGCAACUACAUGAACAGCGUCGUGACAUACCAAGACGCUACCACAGCUUUCCUCUCUACGGAUGGCGUCUUGGCCUGGGUAACUUCGGCAGUCUAUGAGAAGUUCGCUGGCGGCAGCUACCUGGGCGGUUACAAGCUUGUCCGUGGAUACAGCGAAAAGAAAACGAAGGAGGAGAAACGCCCGCAGACGCCGACAGAUGCGAAGUCGACGGCACAAGACAAGAAGAAGGAUGAGAAACAGGCUUCUGAGUCAACAGCGUACAGUGACUCUGAUGCGGCUGGAACCAAGCCAGAAACCCCGGAUGCCUUUGAGGCCACCAAGAAUCGCCUGACGCGGCAGCUCUCGAACCUGAUAGAGGGUAAGACUGAUCCCCAAGCCGAGGAGGAGGCUAUCAGGCAGCGCGAGGAGAAGGAGAUCUCGCGUGACUAUAAGAGCCGGGCGGAUGACAACCAGGGGCGUGUGAUUGAACAUUUAGUUUGAAUGGAGAGCGUCAACUUCAUCCACGACGUUAACACCAUGCGUAAGACCAUCAAAGAAGUGUACGCGGCAUCCCCCGAUCUGCGAGCCUUGAACGAGGAGCUCGACGAACCUGGCCUCGGCAACAGCCGCGUCCAAGUGCUUCCCGUCAUGUGGCGGCACCUCGUCGACUUCCCUAAGGACAAGUCAAAGAAAGGAGAGCACGACAUCGGCGAUCCCUAUGACGAAGAAGACUACCCCUCGCUCGACGACAUCACCGUCGAAGGCGUGGGCUUCGCCCGCUCCCUCAUCUCCGAUCUUGCUCUUGACGUUCUCCUGUAUCAGAGCGCCUAUCAGGAGCAGAUCUCACAGAUCGUCGUGAACGAGUGCAAUCGGAUAUACCGCAUCUUUAAGGAACGUAAUCCAGGAUUCAAUGGGAAAGUCCAUGUCGUGGGACAUUCCCUGGGUUCGGCCAUCAUGUUUGAUAUUCUUUGUCGGCUUAAGGAUGAGCCCCCGGUCGUGGCCGUCGAGUCGUCGCGAAACCCGCUUCGAUUCUGGCCUACCUACCACCACCACCCAUCGCCCGAGCAGCAGCAGAAGGAGAAGAAAGAGCCCCGUUUUGACUUCGAGGUAGACCACCUCUACUGCCUGGGCUCACCGAUCGGCCUCUUCGAGAUGAUUAAGGGACGCAAGAUCGCCGCCCGAGCAUAUGUCAACGCUCUCUCCAACAACAACAACAACAACAACAACAACAACAACGGCAGCAGCAGCAGCAGCAGCAACACGAACAAUAUCAACUCUGAUCUCACAGAUGACCCCUUUCAAGAGCAUCACUACCACUUCCACCGGAGCCUCUCCCCCAACGGCUCCCCCAUCUCCUCCCCCAAAGUUUCCCAACUCUACAACAUCUUUCACCCCUCCGACCCUAUCGCCUACCGCAUGGAGCCGCUCAUCUCCCGCAUCAUGACCUCGCUGAAACCCCAGACCUUGCCAUAUACCAAGAAAUCGGGUUUUUUGGGUAGUGUCGCGCAGCAGGGACUGGGGCUAGGGGGGAUCAGUGCUAAGGUGGGGAGGAGUGUGGGCGGGUUGUUUAAUAGUAUUAGCGCGGGGUUAUUGAAUCGGAGUCUGGGGAUUAGCGGGGAGGAUGUGGCGAGGAUUGAGGCGUCGAGGCAGGCCGAGCAGCUGGAGAAAGAAAGGGGUUAUGUGUUGAGUCCCGGGGCGGGGACGAAUAUCUCUUUUUCGACCGGGGGCAUUUCUGAGGCGGCUGGUGGUGAGGCCGGGAAGCAGCAGCAGCCGAUUGCCUCUGACACAACGAGCGGUAAUGCUCUGGUUAAGAAUGGCGACACCACCGCCCCCGUCGAAGGCGAAGUCGAGACCCUCUUCAGCCGGUUCCAGAAGAAUAGAGUCGACAUGGCCAAGGGCCAGGGAGCUGGCUACAGCCACGAGAAAUGGUUGGAGGAGGAGCGUAGGGCGCAGUAUUUGAAGCGGGAGGAGGCAAGAAUUAGGGCGUUGAAUCGCAAUGGGAGGGUGGAUUAUUGUAUUCAAGAGUAG